AUGGCGAUGCCACUCAACAAGACGAACGGCGUGACAGCGUUUGUCGACUCAUUCCACCAGUACCUGCCGCAUCGGAACAGGGACAUCUGCCGUGACUACCAGGGCAAGGACCUCAUUGUUGUGGGGGUCCUCAAGGGCGCCUUCAUCUUCAUGUCUGACCUGACGCGCGCCAUCGCUGAGGAGGGCAUGCCCAGCGUGCGCAUCGACUUCAUACGCGCCUCGUCAUACGGCAGCAGCAGCGUGAGCAACGGUGCGGUUGGCGUGGACAUGUGCGGCAGCAGCAGCGACAGCCGUUGGGCGGGGCGCCACGUACUGCUGGUGGAGGAUAUUAUUGACAGCGGCAACACGCUCUGCAGGCUGGCGGGGGCGGUGGCGUCCUGCGGGGCCGACAGUGUCAAGGUCGUCGCCCUGCUGGACAAGAAGGGCCGCCGCCAGGUGGAGUUUGAGGCGGACUAUGUUGGCUUUGACAUCCCCGACAAGUUCAUUGUGGGCUACGGCCUGGAUUUUGACGAGACGUACCGCUGCCUGCCAUACGUCGCUGUGCUGCGGCCUGAGGCCUACGCUUAA